AUGCAACGUCUCUUUGCCUCACGAGUAGUUGGCAAAGCCUGCAAUCGGCGGGCUGCCAUGAUCCAUGCAAAUGCUCUGCGCAGAGCAUCCAGCAAUGCUGGACAGGAACCUUAUCUGAAAGGAGACGAUACACACUUUGGCUUUGAAACCGUGGCAGUCAAUGAAAAGGAAGGCAAAGUGAGAGAAGUCUUUGAGAGUGUGGCGGAUUCCUAUGAUGUUAUGAACGACUUGAUGAGUGGUGGGCUUCACCGAUACUGGAAGGAUCACUUGCUAGAUAUAUCUGCCGUGGCUUCCAUGUCUGAUGCAAUUCGACAAUAUCCUGGAAAGGAGUUGCGGAUUUUGGAUGUAGCUGGAGGCACUGGUGACGUUGCAUUCCGAUUUGUCGAUGCUGCCCAAUGUAUGGAGCGUUCCAUAUCCUCGGGCGAGGACCCAAUUUCCGUGACAGUCUGCGACAUCAAUCCUGAAAUGCUUCGAGUUGGUGAGAAACGAGCCCGAGAACGGUUUGGGUCGGAUUUGAUCGAUACUUCCAAGGCUCUAUCCUUUGUGGAAGGAAACGCUCAAAGCCUUGAUUUCGAAGACAAUAGCUUUGACUUGUACACGAUUGCGUUCGGCUUGAGAAACGUCACGGAUGUCGACAAAGGUCUUCGCGAAGCAUACCGAGUUUUGAAACCUGGUGGUCGCUUCAUGUGCCUCGAGUUUUCGCAAGUCUCAGACCCCAUUCUUCGACAAAUAUACGACACAUAUUCAUUCAAUGUGAUUCCAGAGAUUGGACACUUUGUUGCCAAUGAUCGGCCUUCCUAUCAAUACCUGGUGGAGAGUAUUCGCAAGUUUUCCAACCAAGAAGAGUUGGUUUUUAGAAUGGAAAAGGCAGGCUUUGAGCUCGCGAAAUACUCGAAUCUGACAGGUGGUAUUGUUGCGAUACAUGAAGGGUGGAAGCCACUAGAAUAG